GCAAUUUCUUUCAAAAUUCAUAGGAUGUUGUACCCAUUAGUUGUGUUAAUCGGUGCAGCCAGUGCUUGGAGCUUAUACUCUCCGACGGAUAGGAUCAUCGGAGGGUACUCCGUAGAAAUAGAGCAAAGACCGUUCCAAGUUUCCAUUUUACUAUAUGGUGAACAUUUUUGCGGUGGAUCUAUCAUUCGAAAUAAUGUUAUACUGACUGCCGCACACUGCUUAGUUGGUGUCUCAAAGGAUUAUCUGAAAGUUCGCAUAGGUUCUACCGAUAGAACCUCUGGUGGAAAACUUAUCGCUGUACGUAAGACGCUCUACAAUGAAAAUUACGAUGAUGCAACUUCAGGAUCUGAUAUUGGACUCAUCUGGCUCGAUGAAAUUCUGGAAUUCAAUGACAAAGUGGGAAUGAUCUCGCUUCCUUUACAAGAUGAAACAUUUGCUGCUGGGCUAAUUACCACUGUAUCUGGUUGGGGGCUUCUUGCAUUUGAGGGAGAUUUGGCUGACACACUUCAAGAAGUUCAAAUACCUCUUGUAGAUCAUGAAGUUUGCAGUCGAGAGUAUCGAGGAUUAGUGAACCAGGAUAUGAUUUGUGCCGGAGAUGAUGAGGGUGGAAAAGAUGCUUGCCAAAUGGAUUCCGGGGGUCCACUAACUGCAGUAAAUAAGCAAAUUGGCAUUGUAUCGUUCGGAUACGAAUGUGCUGUCCCUCAUUAUCCUGGAGUAUAUACAAAUGUUGCACAUUUCCGUGAAUGGAUAGAAAAUAAAAUCCUUGAGGACCAAAUUUCAUCGCGCGUGUAACGGUGGAACGGCUUUUGCUGCUCAUAAAGCAGUACAUAUUAUACUACUAAUGAAAUCAAAGUGAUUAUUUAUAAAAAAUAUCCUAUUUGUUCAAUAUACAAAUUGUGAAUUUUACAGAAUUAGGGAUAAUGGACAAUAUACAAAAUACUCAGUUAUUUGAAAUAUACGAAUACCAAAACAUCAA